CCAUUUGCCGUUUUCUUCCCUUCAGAAAACACCAAAUCCCGGAGCCACGAGUUCGCCGAGAAGAACUCCCUAGAGAAGUACGAGUACGUCCUCCACCCCCGCACCACCGGCUUCACCUUCAUCGUGGAUCGUCUGAGGGAAGGCAACAACCUUGACGCCAUCCAUGACAUCACCGUGGCCUACCCUCGCAACAUUCCUCAAACGGAGAAACAUAUUCUCAGCGGCAACUUUCCUCGGGAAAUCCAUUUCCACGUGCGCAGAUACCCCAUCGAUAGCCUGCCCAUCCCCAAAGAGGACCUCCAGCGUUGGUGCCAGGAGCGCUGGAAGGAGAAGGAGGAGCGGCUGCGUGCCUUCUACGAAGGAGAUAGAUACUUUGACGUCACCGGACGCAGUAAAAUCCCUCCCUGCAAAUCGGAAUUUCGGGUUCAUUUGAUUAAGUUUGCGUCCCUGCUGUACUGGACCGCCCUGACCCUGGUGUCCUUCUUCUGCAUCUACAUGUACAGCUAUGUCCGGUGGUAUGCACUUGCCAUGGUUGUCUUCUUUGUCCUUCAGGAGAAGAUAUCUGGAGGACUUGAGCUGAUGGAGCUGGCAUGCCAUCGAUACCACUCCAAGAGGCAAAGUCCAGCCAAUAAAAGGGCAUAGCGCAGGGGCGAUAAUCGUACCUGCCACUCACCUCA